AUGUCCCGAGGCGGACGCGGCGGGCGCGGUGGGCGCGGAGGAGCGCGAGGCGGUCGGCCCAACGUCCCCUGGGACACGGGCGACGAGCCCGACGCCCGUCCGUCGGAGCUGUUCCCCCCGCGUCUCGUCCCCACGCCGCGGAAGCUGAGCGCGCGAGAAUCGGCCGGCGUGCAGUACAUGCUGCUGCUGCGCCACCAGAUACACUCGUCGCCGCUGUACACGUCGCGACGCACGUCGCUGCACGACCCGACGGCCCCGCGCAAGCUCUACGGCCAGGCGCAGAUGAACGCGCACCACGGCGUCAAGAACAGGGCCUCGCUCGACCCCUUCACCGCCGUCCAGACCUACUCGCAGAAGUUUGUCCGCGAGGACCGCGCCCUGCCCGACUGGGCCGCCCGCCCCGUCUGCCGCGAGCUGUUCCCCGCCGAGCUGCUCGACACGGUCGAGCCCGACGACGGCGCCGGCGUGCGCAAGAAGCGCAGGCUCGAGCUGACCACGGUCAGCGCCCUGCCCAACGCCGAGGAGGCCUUUGGCAUGCCCUCGCUCGACGCCGACGACUUUGCCCCCGCCGGGAGGAACCUGCUGGAUAAGCUCGAUGCCAUGCGCGACGAUGAUGGCGAGGACGCCGCCGAGUUGGAUGACGCGGAGGCGCUGGACGAUGAGGAUGAAGACGAGGCCUACGACGACGAGGACGCGGGCGAUUACGAUGCCGAACUCUACUUUGAGAACGGAGACGAAGGCGGCGACGACAAUGGCGAUGGCGAUGACGGCGAGGGCACGUAUUGA